AUGUUGACCCCCGCGACCCUGUCCACAGAAAAGAGCCGUGAAACGAAAGAUGUCACCAAACUCGACUACAUACCCUCAGGUUUUGUCGCUGAAUGGCCGGCAAAGGCAGUUGAAGUGCCGAGCCCCACGACCAAGACGAAUGACGCCAAGAAGCGAGCCAAAAAGCGAAAGAUGAACAGUUUGAGCAACAUGAUCUCAAAGAAGAAGGAGGCCGAUGAUCUCGCCAAGAAGAAGAGCAAUUCCUUGAGUUUGAUGGAAAACCUGGGGAUUCUCCAAACCGACCCGGGAAUUAAUAGCCAAAACAAUGAAGGACUUUCUCAGAACGCUACGCCGAUUUCCCAGAACUAUCUCGGGAGAGACCAGAUGAACUCAAAGGCCCCAGAAAACGCGAUUCAGAAACCAAUACCAUGCGGCCCGGUCUUCACCCAAACUGCCCCCACCACCAAAGAAACCAGCCCUAUUCCCCGGUACACCAAGUCCCUCUUUGAAAAGGUCUUCAAUGAUGCAACGAUGAAUAAAGAAUUCCGUAUCGGAAACUUGAUCCUCGCCUCAGACUACUUCUUGCAGACGGCACACCGUAACGUGUUGAAAGUCAACACGGAUGCGGGGUUGCUAGAGUACUGCAAGUGCAUCAAAGCGGCGAUCCAGGCGUUGCUCAUCUUGGCGAAGCGUUACUUCCAAGGACUCACGCCGCAACUCCAGGCGCUUGUGUGCUUCAAGCUUGCGAAGCUCUAUUUCUACGAGACAGAGAACUUGGCACGCGCGGAGGAUUACAUCAACAAGGCUAUCACCAUCGCAUCGCGUAACAACUUGGUGCAACUCAAGUUCGCGAGCGAGUUCCUCGCAGUGCACAUUUUGAACAAAUCGAACUCACGCGCCGCUUUGAGCUACUUGAACACUACCAUAGCCAAUUUCUCCUCGCUUGGUCUCCGUAACCAUGUGAACAUCUUGCGCUUCUUGAAGAUCAACAACUUGCUUGUCAUCGACUUCCAACAGGGUAUGAGCGUAUUGAAGUCACUCUCCGCCGACGCGACCAUCGACCCGCUCACGCGCCAGUUGUGCGUGUUGUACGAGAUGAAUCUCCAUCUUUACCGCGGCUCGCCGCGCGCGGCUCUCCAGCUCCACGCACAGCUUCAGGAUAUCCGGCGGCCAGUACAAAUGACCGCAAUGCUGCUCUUAAAUGAACUCAUGGUGCACUCGCGUAUGGGUCAGUUCGAGAAGUUCCAGCAGACCAUGGUCACCGUAAACAGACUUAUUCUCGGCCAGAGGGAGACUAAGUGGUGCGACUGGUCGGAGGAUGGGGCGUUUAGCAUUCUGAUCCCCGUUAACUUGAAUGACGUUCAGAGCUCCCACAUCUCGUACAAGGUCAACUGGAUCAACUCCGACGAGCUUGUCAUCUUGUACUACUUCAUCUGCGGGCUCGCAUACAUGACGGAGAGCUUCAACGGGAAGAAGAAGGCGAACAAGUUCUUCAGCCUAUGUCUCAAGAUCACCGGCCAACAGUUGGGCGACUUACAGAGUUCCACAAAGACUCGUAAUUUUGGCAUCACUCUCUUCAACUCCAAGGUAUUGCGUUUGCAGUACUUCCAGUACACCAUCCAUUACUACCAGUGUUUGGAUAGCUACCAGGUUGGCGAGUAUACGCUCGGACCGCUUGAGGAUUUAAUCCAACGGUAUGAAAAUGGCCUCUUGACCCCAGAACAGGUGCUUGUCUUCAACUUGCUCAUCCCCAGGGUGUACUAUUUGUUUGCAAUGUACUACCAGGAGCGCCGCCAGCCUGCGAUCGCGACGCAGUAUUUCCAGCGCGUGCGCGCGGCUACGUGCGCAAAGGGUACCCCUAGCACCGAGGGCAUGAAACUUUCAUUGCAGACAUUAGCGGUAGGUAUAGGCUGCGAGAUGUUUGAGCCCGUUGGCGAGUAUAAUGAAGUAUAUGUGUUUGCAACGAUUCAUUUGGCAAUUCUCGCCGAAAAGGAGUUGGUGGGGGCUAGUCGGGAGGCGUCCAUCGCGAUUAAUGAGACCCGCAGCGAGCUCUACUCUGACCUUGCCGUUUUUUUCAGCCCCCAGCAUGAGAGCACUUUUGUGCUGUCCAGCGUUCUUCUCGCUUUGACCCACCAAGUCACCACCGCUAUCUACCAGGAGUCCUCUCAAACGACAAACCUCCUUCUCCUGAUCGAGCAGGAGUUGGAAAGAAAAGGACCGUCCGGCUCUAAGAUCACCACCCAGCCGUUUUUGGCUGCUUUAACGUAUUUGUUGCUCUUCCAGCACAAGCACGAACAGAAGUAUCUCGAAAUGGCGGAAAGCCAGUGCAGUUUGAUCAGCAACACGCCUUUGCAGAUCCUCGUGGGCCUCACCAAGGAGCGGCACUUCCGGCGCAAUGGUAACGCUGAGUUGGCGGAUCUUGAGAAAGUAAAAGUUACGAGGCUUUAUGAAACGAAGGCCAAGUGCUAG